AUGCGGUCGACUACUCUCCUUCCCUUCCUCCCAGCUCUGGCCGCGGCCAUUGCUGCCCCUGCCAUCUCGGGCUACAACCUUGCCUGGUCGGAAACUUUCGCCGGCACCGCGGGAGCCACGCCGGACACUGCUGUAUGGGAUAUCAUGGACUCCAUCGACACCAACCAGGAGGUCCAAGACUACACAUCAGACAGCCGAAACCUCCAGAUCAGUGGCGGAGGCACAGUUCAGUUCAUCCCCCGCAGAGCCACCGGGGGCAAGUGGACGUCAGGUCGCAUAGAAACCAAGGACUCGUGGAUGGCAACGGCCGGCAAGAGCAUGAUCAUCCAGGCCAGCAUCGGCCUGGGCACCAACGCUGCCUCGAACAAGCAAGGUCUCUGGCCUGCCUUCUGGACUUUGGGCGAUGCCGUGCGCCAUGGUACGGGCUGGCCCAUGUGCGGCGAGCUCGACAUUAUGGAGCAGGUCAACGGCGUGAUGACGGGCUACGGCACGGCCCACUGCGGCCCCGACGAGACGGGUGGCCCUUGCAACGAGUACACGGGUGCGCAGAAGUCGGUCGCCAUCCCCGAUGACGGCUUUCACACCUGGGCUCUCAAGAUCGAUCGUACCAACCUCGACUGGACCCAGCAGACCAUCCAGUGGAUCUUGGAUGGCUCCGUAUUCUACACCCUCACCGGGUCUGACAUCAAUGACUUGGGCAUCUGGGCGACUAUCGCUCACAGCCCGCUUUAUGUCCUCAUGAACGUUGCAGUUGGUGGUAGCUGGCCCGGUGACCCCAACGAUGAGACCGAGGAUGGCUUCGGCUCCAUGAUGGAGGUCCAGUACGUCGCCGUAUACCAAUCGACGUAG